AUGAUUGGAUUGAAUCAAACAAAGAAGAUUUCAGGAGUUUUAACUCCUGAUAUUAAAGAAAAACCAAUGGAAUGUUGGUUAGAACAGCCAACAUCAAAUGCAGAUUUUUGUAAUGCUAUUGACGAAAUAAUGAAGCAUGAACAUGAAGGGGACAUAUUACUUGAUGGUAAUAUAUCACCAGAAGGUCCAUUAGAUCUUGAUUUUGAUUCAAUAUCUGAUCUACUUGACAGUCCAUCAACAGCCCAAGGAGCUACAGCACCACCAAUAUCACCGUCGUCAACAACAGAUUAUCCUCAAUCAAAUAAUAUUUAUAUGACAUCAACAUCGCGUCCAACUUUUCCUGUUAAUAAUAAUUCUAAAUCGAAUACAUCCGGUUAUUCAUCAUUGGGCAUAAGUCCAAAAUUUACAACACUAAGCAUUAAUCAGCAUCAUCAUCCAUUUUCACCACCGCCGCCACAAGAUUCAAAUAAUGCUUCAACAUUACUUCAAUCAUUUGUUCAAGGACCUAUUACAAUAAAUUCAAAAACUAGUUUACACCCACCGCCAUAUGCUCAAGAACAACAACAUGCUUCAAUUCUUGGCACAUCAUAUCCACUUGAAUUACAAUUAAAUAGUGGUUUUUCAGAUGUUAAACGCUUUCGUUCGUCUAGUAUGAAUGAAGGAGCAACACAACAGCAACAAACUAGAAUAGAUCCUCAUCUAUUCGAUCCAUCUCGUCUUAAGUUACCUUCUCAUAUAAAUACUACAUAUUAUCCAAGUCGAGCAUCAUCAUCAACAAAUAUAACCACACCGACGACAACAACAAAUUCAUCGACAUCAUCCCUUUCAACUGAUGUGUCAUCGAAUACAGCAUGGCCAUUUGGUGGCUAUACACGGCCAACAUCAAAUUCAUUUUCUGAAGUCAUUAAUCAACAGCAACAACUUCGUUUGAAUAAUAGCUUAUCGGCAUCUUAUGGUGGUUCGCCGUCAUUUUAUUCAAUGCCUCAACAACGAAAUCAAACAGAGUUUUUACCAGAUAUUAAUUUUCAACCACAGCAACCAAACAAUUGCACACUCUAUUCACUGAAUCAAUCGGGAGCUGGCGCUACAUCUUCUCCUCCUUCUGCUUCUGCUCUUGCUCGAAAACGAUCAUCAUUAGUUGGUUUUUCUGUUCCAGAAAUUAAAGAUGAUCCUAGUAGUCCAAAUUGUACAAUGGAACAGCAAAGUGAGACUGAUCUUUGGUCGGAUAUAGAACAAAAUUCUUCCGAUCAUAUGCAAGACAAUGAUAUUGAUGAUGACGAUGAAGCAACAUCCGAUGAUGAUAAUGCAACAACAGUAUCAACAACUUUUAAUCGCGAUUUAGAAUCAUCAAAAUCAGCACAUUCACAUCCAAAUUCAUCAUCACUUUUUUGGCAAUAUAAUGUUCAAGCUAAAGGGCCAAAAACGAAACGAAUACUUUAUUUGAAAGAACGUGAUCCACAUCUAUAUCGAGAAUUCAGUGACCCAGUUUAUCAAAUAAAACUAACGCAAACAAAAGGUCAAACAUUUACCAAACUUCGAAAAGGUGACGGAAAUGAUGUUACACCAAAUCCCACCAAGCUUUAUCAACUCGGAAAACAAAUAAGAGAUUUAUCAACAUUUGUUAAUAAAACAACUGCAAAUACUCCAUCCGUUUAUCACGGAAUUUAUCAUGUUGAUCAACCAAUACAUAAUAGUAACGAUACGGCUGAAGUCAAAAAAGAAAAAAAUAAAAUUGCUAGUCGAGCCUGUCGACUUCGUAAGAAAGCACAACAUGAAGCAAAUAAACUCAAAUUACAUGGGUUGAAUGAAGAACACAAAACAUUAAUUGAUUUGAUUGCAUCUGUAAAAUUACUUGUCCUCAAACGAUAUAAUGAUGGUCAACUUGCGUCACCUUCAUCAUCGCCUAGUAAAUCACUCGAAGCUGCAUUGGAUCAAUUGAUUACUCAGAAAUACAAUAAACCAGUUGCUGGCAAUACUGAUGGUUUUGUUCAAGCAGUAAUUACCGAUAUGGAACGAUUGUAUGCUUCAAAGCAACAACGAAGCAAUAGUCUUAAUACAUAA